UAAUGUUUCCCAACGUAUAAUAAAACAUUAUCAACUUAUUUUUGGAAGCAUGAGAUCCUAGUGGGUUGCAAAUUUCAAUUUCAUCAGAGUAAACAAUUAUCUGUAAAGCAGAGGGCCGGGCUGAAAAUAAAGGGUGUGAUUUCAUGAGCUCUCCAUCUGUAAUGUCAUACAAAUACCCUACUGUGUACUUCUGUGGCUGAUCUAACAUUUCCAAAACUUUUGGAUGUAACAGUAACUGCUCUAAACUUUUGAUCAAAGGUAUGUAAUGAAAACAUUUGGGUUUUGUAGAAAGGAUCCUUUUCCCCCCUUUUUUUCUGAAUGCAGGCAGCAUACCCAACACAAACCUCCUCUGACUCCAAAAAAUUGAAAUGCUCCUUAAUGACAUUGUCCUGCCUGUAUGUUGUCGCAACAGAAGUAAAAGGAUCCUCAAUCCGGUCAAAUACUGCCAUCGCUUCCUUUUGAAGUUCACUUCCUUGGUGUAGCUGGAAUACAGUUUGUAGCUGACUCCUCAGAUUAGUCACCAACAGAGCCUGGUAUUGUUGCAUUGCUGCCAAGACAUCAUUUACACCUCUCUGAAAAAGCAAGGAAGUGAAAGCAGAUUAAUUCCAAACAGUCCAAUGUUUAAAUGAUUGUUCGAUGCUGCCUUUAGGAGUCCCCUUUAUAAAGAUUAUUAGGAGCAACAUCAACACAAAAAUGCUUUUUCAACUCAUUGAUAAAUCAUGAACCAUAAAUUAAAAUCAUGGAUUUAUAUUUACUAAAUAAUUUGUGUCAUAUCUAAGGGAGACCAAUAAGUAAAGUAUGUUUGUAAAUAAAGAUUGGACUUGUCAUGUAACAAAGAACAAAGCCAAAUAUCGAAUACAUGUAAUAAUGUUGUAUGAAGACAAACCUGUGAAAUAUGGUGUUUUUCUCUUGCGGUCAGCAUAAUAGCAGUAGCCUGUCUGGACAAAGUGUCAUGCCCGGUGUCAUCCUUUAAAAAAAAAAUUAAUUGUGUAAAACACACUGACAGAUACACAGAUAUAGUGUUAUAAAUCUGUGUAUUAUGACAAUUAAAUUGAGAUUUGUUUUGUAUGCUGAGACAUGAGGUUUGAUACAGUAGGACAUUGAGUACUUAAAGAAAUAAUAGAAUUACCUUUGCACAACACGAUGCAGAAGAGUCAAGUACAGCAGAACAUGGAACAUCCAGAAUAUUUAAAUUUUCAUCAGUCUGGGACAAAGCGGGGUGACUUGGAUGAGUACAGGUGCCACCAUCAAAGCCAGAAUAUAAGGAUGCAGUAUUGUCAAAUACUCCAAAAUGUGGAGACACCGAGUUAGAACAGGGCUGCACUAUGUUUUUCUCAGUCAUUACAUCUUCAGCUUUCCACCACUGCCUCGUCCUUGUGAUGCUCUCUGUUUUCCACCGUCGUUGGCCUAUACGUCCACACGUUUCUGUUCACCACAGAUGGGGUCUCCCGAUUUGAGGCCACUGUUGUCCCCCUCUGUCUGUGACCGCCACAUUCAAGGUGUUCACGGUGGUUUCUUCGAAUAUGAUACCAUAGUGAGUUGUAGACGCGAUACUCUUUGGAACAUCCAUCGAUUCCACAAACAACGCGAAAAUCUGGACUCCGACUAUGCGCAGAAUUUAUAUGACUCAAUAAAGAUUUGAGAGUUAAACCUGCAAAAACGAAGCAAAUAACACAGCGCCAAAUCAUUUUCAUGCUACUUUUAGCUUACAUUAGCAAAAUACAGUUUUGAACUCUUCACCUCUGAACUUAAGAUUGCGUGAAGUGUACACAUUUUGUAAUACCAAGGGUAAUUACCAUAGUUCGCAGGUUUUAUAAAGAUAUAAACCACUUGAGAUUUAUUUUUUUAACAUUUAUGUGACUCAGUUUUAAUGACAAAGUAAUACAAAACCUUUUUAGAUAAAUAUACUGCAAAUGCUAAAUAAAUAAACGUAUUUAAGAUGACCGGCCACCCUGCUCCCUCAAUGACGAUGGUACACUCUGAUGCUCCUUCCCGCGCAUCGUGAAGUCCGUUUCAUUUUGGAAAAAAAAAAUGCGCAGGCUUUGGCGGUCAUUUUGGCAGUUUUGGCAAUUUUGCACAUUUUUCUAUGUAAAGUGUCAUUUAUUUGAUGUCAGUUGAGUGGCAUUAUGGAUCAACUGGACGAGGUUUCAAUUGCCACACUCAGAGGUAUGUAACUAAGCAUUACUAAUGUCGUGCUAAUGUUCUAUUUGCCUAGCUAGCUAACCUAUAGCUUUACCUAGCUUAAUGUGUUGUGGAUUCCAGGAGCCAAAGAUAAUAAUGGCGUUUUAGCGAUUGUCAUUGAAUGAUUGUCAUCAAUGAUAACUUUAGUUUCUUUGCACUGACUGUAACCUGUCUAUGUUGGAGCUGCUAAUAUUGGAGAAGACUUAUUACCAUCACUUUCCCGAGAUGACAUCGGAGAUCUGUUUCCAGGUGUUGAACAUUUCUUGAGGCGCAGAGCUAUUUGGCUUGUUGUGAAUAAAGAUGACAAGGCCAAUACUGAUAAGGAAAUUCAGCAAUCAGCCCCGAAGGCAACAGCAGUUCAAACGAAGAGGCCAAUACCUCUAAAUUUGUGACUGUAACCAACCAAGUACAUACUCUUCAUAGACAGUGAGCUUGAGCAGGUGCGACGCUCCUACUUUGAGCAAAAACGGCUGGGUAAAGAGCAGGGUUUGGCCUUAUCCAAGGAGCUUUUCUGCCGACUCAUAAGAAACACUAUGACUAAUAUGAUUUCUAUCGCAAGAGCCACAGAGGAUCCCAGAUACCCCACCAAACAUGAGGUGAAUAUCAUGGCAAAGCGGCUGGUGGAGUACUAUCCAAUGAUAAAAGACAGGUCAUCAAAAAGUGAAUGGGAGCAUGUUGCUAAAAAGCUCAUGAAGAGACUAUCAAAUGUCAAAAGUCCAAGAAUGUAUAAAGGUCCUCCUUCAAAGAAACCUCGACAAGAUGUGGAAGUCAGUGUUUCAUCCACUGAGUAUGAUGGAGAUUCCAGUGCAUCCACUAUUACUCUGGAACGGUCACCCGUUAGUCCCAAGGGCAUCCCAGUGUCACAUAGAACUAGCACCCCAAUGCAGAACCAGGAUAGCAGUGAUGAAGCAGCUGACUGCGUGGACAGCCAGAAAACCCAAGCAAGACACUACAGGACUCUUCAAGAAAUGUACAAGUCCAAAAAGCCAAACAAAGCUGCAGUAACUCAUUUGCUGAACCUGGAAUUUGAGUCUCGUAGGCGAUUCAUCGUCUCUGAUGUUUUAAAGGAGCAUGACAGACCAACAAAGGUUCUGGAGGCUUACCCGUGCUUCCGAGAACUCGAUCACGUAAGCAAUGAUGGUCCUAUUCAGUCCACAUUCCCUUCCAAGGCUAGUGGACAAUGUUUUUCUGACAUUUUUACUUCUGUAUCUGAAUCUAUUUUCCAGGUGCUGGAUGAGCUGCAGCGGGUCAUCCAACCAACCAACUUCCAGUACAUCUAUGAGAUGAAGAACAGAUGGGAAACAUUCUAUUCAAAGGUCCAGUUUUAUGGGGUGAUGAAGAAAGCCAUGAAGCCUCCUAAAACCUUGAAUGGAGUGGAGCAUGUCACAGCUGUGUUCAGAGCCCUGCCGCUGCUCUUCCCAUCUAGCACCAUGCCACCUAAGAAGGUGGGCUUAAGCAGUGAGGCUCUUUUCCAUGUCCUUCAGACUUCAGAGGAUCCUGAUACUUACCUGCAGCAACGAUCACUGACAUCGCCAGUUCUGCUUGUUUCGGAUGGCAACUGCAUGAUCGCCGUUGGAAACAUGGCAGUGACCACUUUCAACCUUGAGAGACUGAAAGAAGGCCUGCUCUACCUCAUGGCAUAUUACUAUGCCCUGCACCUCACUUACCCAAAGUGUAUUUCAACACUACUCUCAGUAGUGCAAACAGAAAUUCUCCAGGAUUCCAUUCAUGAACACGAUUUAACCCCAUCCUACAAAAAAGCCAUUGGCGAGUGGAAAUCCUUCAUCCAGUGA